GUGGCAUCUCAUUCUGCUUUAAUCGGAUCAAAAUCCUAUUCGUCCUGUUUCCACUUACACUUCCCAAACCAAGUAACUAACUCGCUGCCAUCUCCCACUUUUCGAUUCGAUCCCUCAAAAAAAUGCACGAAAUUAGAGAUCCUGCAAUUAGGCUCUUCGGCCAGAAGAUCCCCUUCCCUGAAGAUGUUGACAUAGAAGAAGAAGAAGAAGAAGAAGAGGAAGAAGAAGAAGAGAGUGCUGACGGAAAAGAAGAGCAGGAUGCUGGAGUUGAAAAUGUUACUGAGGAAGAGCUAGAAGCUGAUCCUUCUCCGAGUUCAGGAGAGACUAAAGAUUCAGGUACAUCCCCUGAGGCUAUUGUGAACCCCAAAACACCCUCCAUAGAAGAAGAAACGGCAAAAUCAAAAGCUGAUAAAUCAGAGAAGGAGCAAGGCGAUGCGGCUCACUCACAAGAGAAAACUCUGAAGAAACCAGAUAAAGUGCUACCAUGCCCCCGCUGCAAAAGUAUGGACACUAAGUUUUGUUACUACAACAACUACAAUGUCAACCAGCCACGUUAUUUCUGCAAAGCUUGUCAAAGAUACUGGACUGCAGGUGGCACCAUGCGGAAUGUUCCUGUGGGGGCAGGGCGGCGAAAGAACAAGAACUCUGCCUCGCAUUAUCGCCACAUCAGUAUCUCUGAGGCCCUUCAAGCAGCCAGAAUUGAUUCUCCCAAUGGAACUCAUCUUCCAACUUUGAAAGGCAAUGGUAGAGUUCUCAGCUUUGGAUUAGAUGCACAUGCACCGAUUUGUGAUUCCAUGGCAUCUGUCCUCAAUCUUGGAGAGAAAAAGGUUCCCGAUGGCACAAAAAAUGGAUUUCAGCAUGGCUUUGAGGAUCAAAGACUCCCUAUUCCUCGCAAAAGUGGGGAAAAUGGUGAUGACUCUUCAACUACAUCUUCCAUUACAGUUUCCAAUUCCAUGGGAGAAAGUAGCAAAAACACCUUCCAACCACAACCGGUGCUCCAACAUCAUGGUUUCCUUCCUCAACUUCCGUGUGUUCCUUGGCCCUAUACAUGGAAUUCUCCCGUUCCCCCACCUGCUUUGUGUCCUUCCGGAUAUGCCUUAUCAUUCUAUCCUCCUGCUACAUUCUGGAACUGUGGAAUGCCAGGGAAUUGGAAUGUUCCAUGGUUUUCUUCACUUUCAUCUGCUUCAAACCCGAACUCUCCAGGCUCCGGUCCAAACUCUCCGACUCUGGGGAAGCACUCGCGGGACGGGGACAUGAUCAAGCAAGACUCCUUGCACAAAGAAGAAGGUUCAAAGCCAAGAAACGGGGGUGUUUUGGUUCCGAAAACGUUGAGAAUCGAUGAUCCAAAUGAAGCUGCAAAGAGUUCUAUAUGGGCAACUCUAGGAAUUAAGAAUGAGUCAGUAAGUGGGGGAGGUAUGUUUAAGGCCUUCCAAUCAAAGAAGGAGGAAAAGAAUCAUGUUGAAGCCUCUCCAGUGUUGAUGGCCAACCCUGCAGCUUUAUCUAGAUCCCUCAAUUUUCAUGAGAACUCAUGAAUUAAUGGAACCUGUUAGAUGUCCUUUUUGCAAGGUUAGUCACUUAUACUGUAUCCAGCAAGAGACGGUGACCAUCUUUGAGAUUUGCUUCCUUGACCGUGUAUAGAAGAACCGAAAGGGUGGUACUCUCUGAUUUCCUCAGCAAACAUAAGUGGACGGCGAGGACUAAUUUUGUCUUAAUUUUAUUUGACAUUAUGAAUAGAAUAUAUAGGUUAUUUUUAAUGUGGUUAGUUUGAUGAGUUUGAGUUCAUGUGCAUGUAUAAAUAUAUAUAUCUAUAUAUUUGUGAAAUACUGAUCUUUUAGGCCAGAGAUGGAAAAGAUCUUUCACGUUGUAUAAAAAUCCAGAUAUUGUACAUGUUUCUUCGGUACUCAGUAGAAAAGUUCUGACUUUCGGAGCA